AUCAAAGCAAUCACCUGCCUCCGGAACAGAGGCCUCAUAGUGGAACUCAUGUCUACAGAAGCAGCUAUAUGGGUAAGGAAACCAGAAAACCAACUCAAGAUCAUUGCAGCUCUAGGAUUACCUGCAACUAUUAAAGAUAGGUGUUUCUCGAUCAUUGUCCCUUUCUUACCUAUUACCUCUAGCAUCAAAGACAAAGCUUGGCUACGCACUGUUGAGGAAAAAAACAGUAUUCCUACAGGCGCCAUUGAAUCAGCUAACUGGAUCAAACCACUACAAUGCAGGUCACAACAGCAACGAGUCACACAUACAAUGUUCCACUUCACGGACCCUCACUCAUCCAACAAAACUCUUAGGAAUGGUAUGUACAUUGGUUUGGAGAAGCUCCAUCCCCAGAAGGACAAAUGGGAACCAGUAUGCUGCAUAUGCUGUCAACUCUGA